AUGGAUUCUCUACAUAAAGGAUGGUUUACAGAAUUUUCUCCAGAUGAUGCUGAUCGUAUUGCUGGCUCUGAUGGUGGUACUAAAAUGAUGCAUUUGGACGGGCAGGAGAUGUCUGGUGCUUGGACUGGGCAGGCAUUCUCUUUGGAUAUUGACAAAGUUUUGUUUCAUCAAAAAUCAAAAUAUCAGGACGUUCUGGUUUUGAAAAGCAAAACUUUUGGAAACGUUCUCGUCCUCGACGGAGUUAUACAAACAACAGAUCGAGAUGAAUUUGCUUAUCAGGAAAUGCUUGCACAUUUACCAAUGUUUUCCCAUCCAAAUCCAAAAAACGUUUUAAUUAUUGGUGGGGGAGAUGGAGGUAUUUUACGUGAGGUUCUCAAACAUGCAAGUGUUGAACAUGUAGUUAUGUGUGAAAUUGAUGAAAUGGUUGUCAAUGUAGCAAAAGAAUAUCUUCACGGUCUUUCCUCCUCUUUUAAUUCUCCAAAAUUGGAGUUACAUAUUGGCGAUGGUUUUGAAUUUUUACGGCAACGCAAAAAUCAAUUUGAUGUUAUUAUUACUGAUUCUUCAGAUCCUAUAGGCCCAGCAGAAAGUUUGUUUGGAAGUGCUUAUUACGAGCUUGUAUUUGAUGCUCUACGUGAUGAUGGUGUUCUCUCCAGUCAAGCAGAAAGUAUUUGGCUUCAUUUACCCUUAAUUACCAAACUUGUUGAAUGUGUACAGAAAAUAUUCCCAUCUGUAGCAUAUGCUUCUUCUAGUGUUCCAACAUAUCCGUCUGGUUGUAUUGGUUAUUUAAUUGCUGGAAAACAGAAAAAAGAUUUGCGUAUUCCUCAACGUUCACUUAACAACGAGCAAUGUAAAGCUAUGGGUUUACAAUUUUAUAACAGUCAAAUGCAUAGUGCCUCAUUUGUUUUGCCAAAUUUUGCUGCUUCAGUGCUUCCACCAACAAAAAUGUAA